AGACAAGUAAACGAAGAUACAUUUUAGAAUCUGACACAAGUAGUGAAAUAAUUAAAGAAUUAUCAUUGUUAUUGUGAAAGCGAAAGAAUUCGGUAUAGUGCUCGGUUAAAAAUUACCAAAAAAAUAUUAGUUAGAAUCUGAAAAAGGUUUUAGAGAUGAAGUUAAACGUGAGAAUCAUCUAGAAAAAUCACUCUUAAAAUAGGGAGUGGAUUACAACGGUGUGAUUUGUUAUAGUUCAUCAAUUGUUUAUUAUUGAUACAAACAAUAGAUGCAGAAGGAAAACAACCAGUGUUUCGUUACGUUAAUUCAUAACAAUACUCGGCUCAUUGUUCAGAUGCGUUCAUUAAAGAAACAUGUGUCAGACAACAGUUCGGGAUAAGAUUCAUUUGGAAAUAAUUCGUUAUGGAUUUUAAAAUUUCCAGUUUUAUAACACCCUCAAUGAUCAUCAGGCUAUACAUUCUACUAUCAGCCGCAGUGUCUUCUAAAGCAGUCCCAGAGGUCGCGUGCAACCGGAUCAAAAUCGGAGAAAAUUGGUACGACCGGGACACCCUGUGGGGCAAUAUAGGAAGACCUUACAACCUCAACGUGCAUAGAGGAUCCAAUUCACUAUUCUUCAGCUACUCUCUACCAGAAACCUACUCCGAUGUCGACUUCCAAUUGGCCUACUUCAAUAUUGACACAAGAGAGUACCAAACUAUAGCUGGAAUCAGAGGAGGCUGCUCAGUAGCUAUAGACCAGAUGAAUGAUGAUAUUUAUCUAGGAGGCAGCGAUGGAAUCUACAAAUACAACAUGCUAACAAAACUAGCAGAUUUCUACAAAGAAAAAGGAAAGAACAUCUGGUCUUUAUUCUUCAAGAAGAAUUUGUUCUACAUAAGUUAUCCAGAUCAAAAACUUCAUAUAGAAUUUGAUGGAAAAUUUGCCACUGUGAAAGAAUUUGAGAAUUUUGAGAUAGAUUACUUUCAUGUGAGUAGUGCAAAUGUUAUUUAUUUUGCUAACAAAACUGGUUUAUAUAAAUAUGAUAAUGAUAAGAUGGUAGCACAAGUAGUUAAUGAACUUAUUACUGUAAGACAAAUAGUUGAGGAUAACGAGGGAGAUACAUACAUAGUGAGUAAUUUUGGUGUGUUCGCUGAUGGGAAAUUUGAAGGUCUAAAGAAGAUUUUGGACAUGAAGAACAUAUACGGCCUAGCUUUUGAUAAGGAUAAUAAUUUUAUUUACUCGGACGAAAAGAAUAUUAUUAAGCUUGAAUAUAGUGUAGUUGGUUGUGAUAAGAAACAUGUACAUUGGUAAUACAAUUUUUGUAUA